CGAAGUAAGCGCACCACACACACUCGCACACACGCACACUGGGGAUUUCCACCCAAGCGCUUGUUUCCUUCACUUGUUUUGCUUUCGAUCUGAAGAGCGAAAUCAAACCCAUUUGACUUUUCGUUUUGUUAUCGAAAGCUACAAAUUGUCAAGACUCUUCACAGACUAUUUUGCUUUUAUUCCUGGAGUGAUUUCCACGCGUCGCAGGCCAGCAUGCCGGUAGAGAGAAUGCGUAUGAGGCCAUGGUUGGAAGAGCAGAUAAACUCAUGUCAAAUACCGGGUCUCAAAUGGGUCAACAAGGAGAAGAGAAUAUUCCAGAUUCCAUGGAUGCAUGCUGCGCGACACGGCUGGGACGUGGAGAAAGAUGCUCCUCUCUUCCGAAACUGGGCCAUUCAUACAGGUAAAUAUCAACCAGGUGACAAACCGGACCCCAAAACAUGGAAGGCGAACUUCCGCUGUGCCAUGAACUCCCUGCCUGACAUAGAGGAGGUGAAAGACAAAAGUAUCAAAAAGGGAACAAACGCCUUCAGAGUGUACAAGAUGCUGUCAGCGUCUGAGAGGCAUUCAAAAAGAGGAAAAAAGAGAGCACUUGAAAAAGAAGAAAAGUUAAAGGCGGUGCGACCGUGCCCUGUGCCUUCCAGUUGGGAAAACAGUAAUGGCUCUUGUAAAACCCCAGUGACAGUCAAGCGGGAGGAGGAUUACUAUAGCACAGAGGCUGAUGGGCGGAGCCCUGCAGACGACCACCUGAUCAUCAACGAUCUGCCUGACGUGUGUCAGACCAUCGAGGUGGUGACGGAAAACGAGGAGCAGGCCGUGACCUCCAGCGACCUCUACCCCUUACAGAUCUCCCCCGUCUCCUCGUAUGGAGCAGAGAGCGAUACAGACAGCGCCAGUGAGGAAGACUCCAAAGAGCGUAUUCAGGCCGCACUAUUUGGAGCCGAAGACAAGAAGAUGCGGAUGCCCCUGCCCGGCAUGUCCUCUUUCAUUUCCCCCGACAAGCCCAACUUCAAGAUAACCACUGUCCGAGACUCCACCCCCUUCACCGGUGGGACUUCCUGGAACAUCCUAAACGCCCCUUUCCCCUCGUCCCCCCUCACCCCGGGACCCUUGGUUCAGCCGCCGGUCCACGAGAACCGCGCCAGCGUCAUCAUGAAAACCUCAGACGUGUCCAAAUCCUCCGUCAAGAGCUGCUGAUGAUGACACCUGCACCCCGUCCAGGUGUGGAGACGUGGAGAACACUAUCAUCGCCUUUGAUAAAGGACCUACGAGCUCACGGGACAGACAUGGACCAUCCCAGGGGAGGCCAACCCGAUCCUCCCAGACAGGAAGUGACCUGUGAGCUUGAAUUCAGGGAGAUUUUGAGCGCAGCGACGUUUGUCCGUAAGUGAUCCGCAAGCCAUUCUGAAUGUGUAUAUAGGAGGGAUCGUUGCCUAAUUGCCUUUAGUCGCCCGAGCACCUUAUGGAUGAGCGCCGGCUGCAGUAAUCAGUGACUUUUGUAGCUCGCAAUCAAGGAUAGACGUUUUACGAGCCUGCUCCAGAAAAAGUGUAUGCAGCAUAAUCUUAACUUAUCUUAAGACCUUCAGUGUGAGCGAAUAUAUUUUUAUACCUUUAUGCAAUGGAUAGUACUUGGCAUUUUACAUUAUAGGCCCUGUGAUGUAAGAAAUCCUGUGUGAAUUUGUGUUUAAUUUGUGGUUUUUAUGACAAAGCACUUGUUUUUAUGAUUUUAUCUUCUUUUUUUUUUAAGAAAAGAAAAAUGUAACCUUUUAAAUAACGUGUCUCUUUCUACUGUAUGUGAACGUAAAGAUGUAUAUGUCCUGCUUGUCUUUGUGUCUACGGCUGUGUAUUCAAGUCCCAGAUAAUGUGUGUGAUCUUUAUACACAUCAAAGGGCUUCUGUAAUGAUUUCCUCAAGAUUCUGGUGUAUAAAAAUCAUGUGAUCAUAAGAAUAAAUGACAGACUACA